UUCACCAACCAUGAAUUCCUGGAUGUUGGCCACCAGGUGUACAGAAUGAUGGACCACUUGUUGGAAUGUUGUGAAACAGACUCUCAACAAAACUGGGAAGGUUGGAAAACUGUUUCAGCUGACUUUGUUUUUACUGCUAUAGAAGAAAGUAAUUUACCUAAUGAUCUGUUUAAGUCUCUUCUACAUCAGGGUGAAAGUGCAUUUAUAGACCAGGCUAUUAUUUUAGAACAGUGUUUGGCAUCAGACAUUGUUUGUCAAAAAAUCAUUGCACAACAAGCUGUACACGAAAUCUGUGUAGCUUUGAGUAUGAAAAUUACAUCUCAGAGAUGUCAAGUCCACUGUACAGAGAUAUUGUGGAUACUACUGAGUUCCCGGUGUUGUCAAGAGGUACGGGAGCAACUCUGUACACCAUAUUGUCUCAGUAAACUUCAUUAGUUUUUAAGUUUUACUGCUCCAGUCUCUUUUCACAUUCAUCCAAACAACUAAGGUAGGUAUUUUU